UGUCGAUUUGAUGGAUGUGAUCGAGCGUUCACUCAACUGGGGAACCUGAAGACUCAUGAACGCAAACAUACUGGCGAAAGACCCUACAAAUGCCCACACCCCGAUUGUGACAAGACAUUCACACAACUUGGAAAUUUAAAGACACAUGAACGUAUCCAUGAUGAGGUCAAGCCAUUCAUGUGUCGGCUUCCAGGAUGUGGAAAAACAUUCAGCCAACUUGGAAACUUGAAGGUACGUUGUUAA